GCGCGCGAAGUCUCGCGAGAACAGCCGACGUCACGGGGAUAAUGGCUGAAGAUCGCGGAUAUUAGAAGUUUCUCUCCUUCACUCUGCAGCAGACAAACACUCAGUCACCAACUUCUGAGCAUCACUGACUCGGCGGCAGCAGCAAUGACUCAUGUGACCGGCCACGGGAAGCUGCUCCUGCAGCGUCUCCAUCAGCAGCGGGAGAUGGACUUUCUGUGCGACAUCACCAUCAUGGUGAGAGACGUGGAGUUCAGAGCCCACCGCAACAUCCUGGCCGCGUUCAGCAAGUACUUCUCCUCCCAGGCCGAGAAGGGUCAAGAGGUCACGACCUUGGACCCGGACAAGGUCAGCCGCUACGCUCUGGAGAAACUGCUGGAGUUUGUCUACACUGGGCAGAUGAACCUCAGCAGCACCAGACAGGCGGCCGUGCGUCGAGCAGCGGUGUUCCUGGGAAUGUCGGACGCCAUAAAGUAUCUGGAGGAGAUCCUCCACUGGUCCGAGCCGAGCGAGACGUCCCAGUCGGAGGUAGAUAAAGAAGCCGGCCUCUCUCCGUCCAGUCCGGCCUCCGCCGGCAGCCCCAGAUCCCCGGUUCCCCUGUUCAUCGUCGCUGCUGCUGCAGGAGGAGAGUGGCAGGAGCCGGGGAAGGACGGCAAAGAGCCGGGGGAGGACGGCAAAGAGCCGGGGGAGGAGGAAGAGGAGGAGGAGGAGGAUCCUAAAGGUGCAGAUGUGGAAGAGGGAGAGAAAAGUGACGAAGAGUACAAGCCCACAACACCCAAAAGCGCUGGACGUGGACAGGGCAGGAAGAGGGGACGGCCGAAGAGUUUGAGCGUGGAGCAGAAGGAGGCCAGCGGCUCGGCCGACACCCCGCCCAAAACCCAGAGCUACCGGGGGCGGGGCAGGGGGCGAGGCAGAGGGCGGGGCCGGGGCAGAGGAAGAGGAAGAGGAAGAGGAAGAGGCGGUUCCAGGAGUGAAGAUCUGUCCGUGGAAGAUUCGGACACAAGCGUGAAGGACUUCGGGGACACGUCGGCGGACUGGAGCCCCUCCCAGGAGGACGACUCUCCGGCCAAGAAACCUCGACUCAGCAGCGGUGGCGAGGGACGGAGAGGACGCGGCAGGGGGAGGGGCAGAGGGCGGGGCAGGGGCCGGGGUAGGAGGAGGGCCGCGCAGGACGAGGAGGAGGAGGAGGGAGAGGAGAGCGGAUCGCUGGGGGCCGAUGACGACGACGACAACGAUGACAACAUAGACGAGGAGGAGGAAGGCGAGGUCGGGGAACAGGAUCCAUCAGAGAUGGACGAGAUGUCGCUGUCGUGCACCGAGUGCAACAAGCUGUUCAAAGACGUGAGCAGCCUGCGGCGCCACGAGAAGAUCCACAAGGGCCUGAAGCCGUUCGUCUGCAUCUUCUGCUCUAAAACCUUCAGACAGGCCACGCAGCUGAAAACUCACCUGCGCAUCCACACAGGCGAGAAGCCGUUCAGCUGCUCCGACUGCGACAAGUGCUUUGCCCAGAAGUGUCAGCUGGUCGCCCACCGCCGCAUGCACCACGGCGAGGAGAAGCCGUACACCUGCGAGCGCUGCGGCUUCAAGUUCGCCACGUCGUCCAACUACAAGAUUCACAUCAGACUGCACAGCGGGGAGAAACCGUACGUGUGCGACAUCUGCGGCCAGGCGUUCGCUCAGUCCAGCACGCUGACCUAUCACAAGCGGCGACACACCGGAGAGAAGCCGUACCAGUGCGACCUGUGCGGCAUGUCCUUCUCCGUGUCGUCCUCGCUCAUCGCACACGCCAGGAAACACACGGGCGAGACGCCGUACAAGUGUCCGACACCAAAAUGUGACGCCCGCUUCGUCACGUCGUCUGAGCUGAAGAAACACAUCCGCCGACUUCACCCAGAGGGGAACAGCGGCGUGCAGUGUCUGCUGUGUGGAAACCGAUUCGCCAGCGUGAAGAACAUGAUCAAGCACCAGGAGAAAGCUCACGCCGACGAAGUGCGGCAGCACAAGGAGCGAGCCCGAGCUGUCGUCCUCCUGGCCUCCAGUCACCCCGUGGCCUUCGUCCAGAGCAAACUCUCCCACGAGAACAAAGAGCUGGCGUCCAUCCCCGAGGGCGAGCCGCCCAACCCCGAGCCGGCCACACCCGAGCCCAAAGCCGCCGCUCCGUCCGCGGACAACGACGACGCCUCCGCCGCCGAGUCGGGCGACUGCGGCGACGGCGACAUCAUCCAGAGCCUCAAGUCGGAGCCCGCUCACCCGUCCGUCGCCGGGGCCGACCAGGUGACCUUCGACCAGGAGCAGACCAUCAACUCAGACACGCUGCACGCGCUGGUGGAGCAGCUGCGGCCGCCGCCCUCGCCGGCCCAGAGCCUGGAGCAGAUCGUCAUCAUCAGGACGGUGGACACGCCCGACGACAACAACGCCGCUCCUCAGGAGUGACGGGACGUUCAGACAGUCAAUUGAUUUGUGAAACGUGAAUGAUGAAUCUGCUUCAUCACGACUCGGGUCUCAGUUUCAUAGCUUUGUUCAGAGUGAGAUGUUAAAGUCGAUCACAGGAUCUGAGAAACAAACAAACAGAGACGAUCAGACAGUGAAAUUAAUAAUUCACUCUUCACAGACAUUCUGCUUUGAGUUCCACUCACUUUACUUUGAGUUUUUCUGGUUCAGUGAAGGAUUUUUAUCGACUCACUUUCAGUUUGACGUCAAAAAUAAAAAGUGGUUUCGUGAAUCUUGUUCGUUGUAGAAACGAGCCAACUACAAAUAUAAGACCCGAGUUGUGAAGAAGGGAGGGAGGGAAACGAACAAAAAAUAUUAUUUUCAUAACUCUGGAACUGUUGCGACACCAAAACAUUAUCUCUCAAAUUUUCACCCUCUGUUUUAUUUUCAUUUUUUUUUGUCUUUAAAAUUUCUGGAAAUCUGAAGAUCUUAAUAUUUUAGAGGCUGAAAACUUCUUUUUUUUAAUUCUUCUUCUUUUUGGGCUUUCCUUCUACAAACAUCUAGAAAAAAAAGAUUUUGGUCCACACAUCGUUGCAGCUCUGGAAGAUUAUAUAUCAUUAAAUAUUCAUUAUUGAUGCACACACAUUAAGACCAUAAUAAUAAUAAGACGACGACGAGUCGCACCCACAUCAGAUAUCGUUCAGACUAAUCUAACGGUCCGUUCCACUCUUAUGAAUCAUGCGGCAUAACAAUUGUCUCCUCAGUAACUCUGUCACUUCGUUGUUGCGUCUUCUGAGAAUAAUAAUCAUUUUUAUUUCCAGAGGUUUGCAGAUUUUAAAAAUUCAAGAUUUAACGGAGAAGCUGGAGUUCAGGUUAACGUGGAUCUGUGUGAUUUCAUAUCUCAAGUGUCGUCCGUUCGAAAUAAUUUUCAAAGGUUUUCUUUGACAGAUGAGUAACUUAACAAAAUGAGAUAAUUGUGUAACCGAACAGACUUUGAACUGAACUUUUUAUAUUAUUUUUAAUAGAUUUGUAGGUAGUUAGCUUAGUUAAUCGCUUUCAUUUGUAUUAUAAUUUUCGUGACGUGAGAUAUUUUUUUUCCUUUUUUUUAUUUUUCAUCGGUUGUUUUCUCCGGUCGGAGCAGAGACGUUUGUGCGUCUUGAACUUGAGAAGCAGCUGUUUGCUUGUUUCAUGAUUUGAUUAGAUUUUUCUGUUUUAACAAAAAACAUCUGGAUAACUUGUACAGAAAUGUCACACACACACACACGACUUCACGACUGUAUUACAACUGUACAACAGAAGAGGAAAAUAAAAUAGUAAACAAAAAUGGACAA